GAUGAAGAUGGAGCUCGCCGGGGUUCACUUUGUGCUCGCAGCUGCAGGGUUUCUUCUGUGGACCAGCGGUGGAUCUGCUGCACCCAUGGAGUGCCACUUCGACUCCAGAGCCCUGUGUGCCUUUGAGGGGAGGCACUACUCACUGGGUGAAACCUGGAUGGACAACGCCUGUAUGCAGUGCACCUGUCUGCACCCUGUCGGUGUAGGUUGCUGCGAGACGGUGCAUCGGCCGGUGGACUUCCCUGCGUGGUGCGAGGUGCGUGUAGAACCAGUGACCUGCCAAGUGUCCCUGGUCCAGACAGCCGACCCCCGCCUGCCCUGCUCUCCAGGUGAGGAGAUGAAGGACCCCAGCCACGGAUCGCUUCAGCUGCAGCAACAGCUCGAAGGGUAG